AUCAUGCUCUGUUUUCCACUGCUGUAUAGAAAUAAACCUAGUCGACAGUGGGUUCAUGAUUCCGAACCGUGAUACUUACUAUAUGGGUUUCUGCUAUACUUUAUUUGGAGUUUUCCAUUACUUGGCUGAGUCUGAGAUUCAUUUUCCAGUAUUGUGGGGCGGGGCGUUUGGGUGCCGCUGCCAAGAAUGGGAAAAGUGAGCAACAUGUUCCUGUUUCCGGAAACACAGAAAUUACCGUAAAUAGUUGCAGUUGUGCUAAUCACUGACAAGCUUCGUGAUGGCCAAGCGGACGAAGACGAUACAGGUGUGCCUGGUGGUCAUUCCCAUGGUUUUGGCCGUUUGUUGCACCGGCAUGAAAGUUUACAAAAAGUUGGGUGAUGACACUGUCCUCAAGCCUAAUACAGACCUGAAAGGCCCUAUCAAAAGCAUAUUGUGGAAACAUGGUAUCGACAUCGCCAUCGAAUGGGAUGCAGAAGGUGUUGUGGCAUAUCGUCAAUUCCAAAAUCGCACAAAGCUGAACAAUGUGAAUGGGGAGCUGACCAUCAUGGGUUUGACUCAGAAUGACAGUGGCAUAUACACAGCAGAGAUCAACUCUGUCCCUUACACUCCAACUCAUCUCGCUGUUAUUUUGUCUGUCCCCGAGCCGAAGGUCGUAACAUCAUGUAAUACCGAGGAGACAAUUUGUACUUUGACAUGUGCCGGCAACACCACGGGGGCUGAACCUGUCACCUACACCUGGAUGUUUGGCCAUGCAGAGGAGACAAACUCAUCCAUGGAGCGCAUCAUGCAGAAGGAAACAUUAAGUGCAGACGAGAUCAAGUGUGAACUGCAGAAUCCAGUCAGCACUAAGCGCAGCCCGUCUGCUAACAACCCAUUUCUCACUGUUUCAACAGAGGGUGCAGGGAAUCUGAAGGUAAACACAGGCCUGACAGUCUUCACUUGUCUCCUGACUGCUAUUAUAUUAGUGGUGCUCAUUCACAAAUGUAAAACAGGGAAGUGGUUCUUUCAAAAAGCAUCCAUGCCGUGGGAAGCAGAUUUCUGGAGGAAGCAGGAAAGGCAACAUGAGAGUCGAGGCACUCACGAAUCAAACGGCACUACAGCCUAUCAAGAGAAGACACUAGCGGAAGAGGAAAGACCAAUGACGUAGAUGGCCCACACCAGAGAUUAGUCUUUAAGCAGUUGUGCAUGCUUUUCUACAAUUGUCAUUUUAGAUGUAUGGUUGAUGAAUGCGUCGUGAAUUUGAGCAGACAAAAAAGGGAAAGCAGGAAUGUAAGGAAAUUGAAAAGUGAACUCUAGACAAUACCAGGAAAUCCUUCAGGGUGUGCUAUAUUGUGUUGGUCAACACGCCUGACACCAGGACUGUAGGCUUUUCAUCCGUGGGUAGCACUGUGGAGCGUGAAUGAAUGCACUGAUGGGAGGGAGUGAAUGUUGGGAGACGCCAUUGCCAAUCAACAAUCGCAUCAUUGUGCAUUUGUGAUGCAUUUACCUCCACUUGGCUGCUUUUGACCAUUUUUAACCCAUUUAGGAUUUGUGCAAAUAAUUUCAAAUCAUUUUUAUCGGGUACAUGAAGACUGUUACAUCCAACUAUUCUAGGUUUUAUUGAAUGCUUUUGAAGUAAUGCCUCAAGCAGUUUUUGUAUACUGUUGUCCAUACAUUUGUAGGUAUUCAUUCUUAUUUUGGUUUAUAAAUGUCAUGAGCAUUGCAUAUUUUUUAUUACAUAAUCAAAUAAAAAACUAAAUAUCACUAUCAAA